AUGAUAUAUCCAGGAGUCAAAGGAAACCGAAAAUCGGCUCAUAAAUAUUGCAAAUCAUUGGGUCUUCCAAGUAAUCUAGCAACAGAAUUCAAUGAGGACAAACGAAAGUUUAACUACAAAUUCAUCAACUCUAUUGAUGAUGACUCGAUAAAUUCCUACUGGAACGGAUUGAUUAGUGAAAAUUCGACGUUGUAUUGGGAUCAGCCAAAAGGUCCGUUGAUUCCCGAAUUUUUCUUAACUUUCAGCAUCUACCGUAAAACCUGCAAUAGAAGGCUCGACCUUUUCUCCGACUCAAUUAGCACAUCAACUGGAUGUGUGGCUGAUGUCAAAGCUUCUGAUGGAUCUGUUACAUGGACACCAAUUAGCUGCUCGAACUCGUUCUACGUGAACCGUAACUAUCCAAUGGGCGUACCAUCCUUUGGGAACAUUGAUCUAGAAUUUUGGAUUUUUUUGGAGAUAUCAAUAUGA